GCUGGCCGGGGUCCGCGGGCCCUUGAGCCCUGCGAGCGCCGCGUGCCAAGCAGCGAGCUGCCGGGUCGCCAUGGCCGGGGUCAGCUACGCGGCGCCCUGGUGGGUGAGCCUCCUGCACAGGCUACCCCACUUCGACCUGCAGUGGGAGGCCACCAGCAGCCGGUUCCGGCCCGAGGACACCGACUACCAGCAGGCACUGCUGCUGCUGGGGGCAGCCGCGCUGGCCUGCCUCGCCCUGAACCUCCUCUUCCUGCUCUUCUACUCCUUCUGGCUCUGCUGCCGGCAGCGUAAGAGCGACGAACACCUGGAUGCCGACUGCUGCUGCACGGCUUGGUGCGUCAUCAUUGCCACGCUCGUGUGCAGUGCCGGCAUCGCUGUGGGGUUCUAUGGCAAUGGGGAGACCAGUGAUGGCAUCCACCGGGCCACCUACUCGCUGCGCCAUGCCAACCGCACAGUGGCCGGGGUCCAGGACCGUGUGUGGGACACGGAAGCGGCCCUGAACCGCACGGCAGAGCCCAACCUGCAGAGCCUGGAGCGGCAGCUCUCAGGGCGGCCGGAGCCCCUGCGGGCAGUGCAGCGGCUGCAGGGGCUGCUCGGGACCCUGCUGGGCUACACGGCUGCCAUCCCCUUCUGGAGAAACCCAGCCGUGUCACUGGAGGGGCUAGCCGAGCUCAUAGACCUCUACGACUGGUACAGCAGGUGGCUGGGGUACCUGGGCCUGCUCCUGCUGAACGUCAUCAUCUGUCUUCUGGUGCUGGUGGGGCUCAUUCGAAGCUCCAAGGGCACCCUGAUCGGGGUCUGCCUGCUGGGGGUGCUGGCCCUCAUCAUCAGCUGGGCCGCCUUGGGCUUAGAGCUGGCUGUGUCUGUGGGUUCCAGUGACUUCUGCGUGGACCCCGAUACCUUCGUGACCAAGAUGGUGGAGGAACAUUCGGUGCUCAGCGGGGACAUCGCACAGUACUACCUGACCUGCUCACCCCGUGCUGCCAACCCCUUUCAGCAGAAGCUGUCAGGCAGCCACAAGGCACUGGUGGAGAUGCAGGACACCGUGGCUGAGCUCUUGAAGACAGUCCCGCGGGAGUCCCCGGCCACCAAGGACCCCCUGCUACGCGUCCAGGAGGUGCUGAACGGCACGGAGGUGAACCUGCAGCACCUCACGGCCCUGGUGGACUGCCGCAGCCUACACCUGGACUACGUGCAGGCCCUGACCGGCUUCUGCUACGACGGCGUCGAGGGUCUCAUCUACCUGGCCCUCUUUUCCUUCGUCACGGCGCUCAUGUUCAGCUCUAUCGUCUGCAGCAUCCCGCACACCUGGCAGCCCAAGAGAGGCCCUGACGAGGAUGGGGAGGAGGAGGUGGCCCCGGGGCCACGGCAGGCUCCCGACAGCCUGUACCGUGUGCACAUGCCCAGCCUGUACAGCUGCGGGAGCAGCUACGGCAGUGAGACCAGCAUCCCAGCCACGGCCCACACCGUCAGCAACGCGCCGGUCACCGAGUACAUGAGCCAGAAUGCCAACUUCCAGAACCCUCGCUGUGAGAACACCCCCCUCAUCGGACGCGAGUCCCCGCCGCCCUCAUACACCUCCAGCAUGAGAGCUAAAUACCUCGCCACGAGCCAGCCGCGCCCCGACUCCAGCAGCAGUGGGCACUAGACCGCGCCGUCAGCACCGCCCCCACGUGCCAACCCCCCUGUGCCAGCGCCAUGCAGCCGCUCACCCUGAGGGCCGCCGCCGGACCCCCGCACGCCUUGUCAGCCCGGAGCCCCCGCCUUCCUUCCUACAGGGUGCAGAAGCCAGGCUGCCUGCAAGACUCAGCUGUACCACUCAGCCCCACACCUGGCAUGUGUGACUAUGCCACUGCCAUCCACCCUGUCACCUGGCCUGACCCACCCCCAUGCCCUCAGCAAUGGCUAGGAGCUGACUCUGUGCUGGGCUCCAUCCUUGGCACGCCUGCCCUUGCACCUGCCUGCAUGACCGCCACACUUGCUCCCCUAUGCCUGCUGGAUCCCCAGAUCUGUCCUGCCUCCAACCACACACCCCCUCUUGCAGCUUCUCCUGGCCCCCUGGAAGUCUCUGUAAUUCUUUUGUAAUCACAGGCUCCUAUGGGCCUUCCCUGCUCUAGGCUUCUGCUCACCACUGCAGGGGCGACAGGCUGGCCGGCGAGACCACACCCGCUUCUCCACCCUCCCACACAAAGGAGACUCCCCCAGAGGAAACUCCCCCACACUGUCCCCAGCUGGCAGGUGGCAGUGGACAUAGUGGUCACAGACGCUGAUCUCCCUGUGCCCGGCUGUCCUGGGCGUCCCUGUCUCUCUCACUCCGGUGCCUGUGUGGACCACAGCCUCCCUGCUGGCUGCCAGAGCCCUCUCCAGGGUGGCCCCGCUUCCCCCUCUCCUUCAGCAGCCCCCCAUGAACCCAGCCUGACUAUGCUCGGACCCUAUCCCUGCCUGUGCUGCUGGGGCAGCAGCCCGGUUGUUUUUGGUGCCAAAUCCCCCACGCCCCCCUCCAACUUUUGUGGCCUCGUGGGCUUGUUCUUUGCACUAACCACGUUUGUCAUUUCUAGGCGGGCUGCUAUCUAGCUACAGGAAGUGGCUGCCCCGCCCCCCAUCCUUGGUUCCAUUUCCAUCCAGGACCAACAGAUGCGGUGUGUCCAGGGUCUCUCCUCAGGAUGGCACUGAGCUGGCUGUGAAUGUCCCCUCAGCCUGGCCGCCCGCUCCUCCUGCUGUUGUUAGGUGCCAUCGAGUCGGUUCCAACUCAUAACCACCCUGUGUACAACAGAAUGAAACACUGCCCGGUCCUACACCAUUCUCAAAACCGUUGCCGUUUGAGCCCAUUGUUGCAGCCACUGUGUCAAUCCAUCUCAUUGAGGGUCGUCUUCUUUCACUGACCGUGUACUUUACCAAGCAUGAUGUUCUUCUCCAGGCACUGGUCCCUCCUGAAAACAUGUCCUGAGUACGUGAGGCAAAGUCUCACCAUCUUCCUUUCUAAGGAGCAUUUUUCCAAGACAUUUGCUCAUUCUUCUGGCAGCCCAUGGUAUAUUCAGUACUCUUUGCCGACACCAUAAUUCAAAGCCAUCAGUUCUUCCGUCUUCCUUAUUCAUUGUCCAGCUUCACUUGCGUAUGAGGCAAUUGAGAAUACCACGGCUUGGGUCAGGCACACCUUAGUCCUCAAGGUGACAUCUUUGCUUUUUAACACUUUAAAGAGGUCAUUUGCAGUACUAACCACUAACCUCACUCCCAGCACAGCAGGUGCCAGCUGGCCAGCCGCUAGGCCAGGGGACCAGUGUCCUGGCUGGAGCAGAGGCCGGCGGGAGCUAGGGCAGAGACCUACUUCCUCAUGGGCAUGCUGGGAGGGCAGAGACCCACAGGCAGGCCCAGGUCCUCGGGGACAGUGGUCCUUGGGCUGCAGGACUGAGCUGGGCCUCUGCUGGCCUCAGUCUUCCUACCUGUGAAGUGGGAACAAGCUUCCCGACGGUGCUUUUGGCUUUAGUGUACGAUGUUUGCAGGGCUUCCUAUGUCGGGAUCAGCUCUGGCCCUGGUGGCCCAAAACAGGGUGGGGGGACCAGUGCAGGCUGUGGUCUGUACACCAAAACUGGGCAGCCAGGUGCAGGUCUGGGCCCGCAGGGAGGUGGCAGGCAGCCUCACAGUUUACAGACAUGGGCCUUCUAACCAGAGCAGCGGGUGCUGCCUGUUCCAGAAAUGACAAGUCCUGGGGCCCCCGGUGGUGGUGGGAUCCCUGUCCCUCCCUCUGCAGCUGAGCCUCCUCUUUGCUGUGACCCCCUUGCCUUGUGCUGGUAUCUGGGACCAAAAGAGGGAAUGGGGGGCCACAUCUGUGCCCCCUCCACAAGGCAGCUUCUGCCCCAGGUGGGAGGGGCGUGGGUGGGCUCGGGGGUGCCUGAAGUGGGCCUGGGCCAGAGCCCUGCAUCCGAGCCCCCCAGGUGUGGCCACACCCACACUGGUGGACUUUCUUCUGGGCCCCACGGGGCAUGGAAGCCAGGCCACCACCACCUCCUAGGCCAUCCUCCAGGCUCCACCCCGACCCCAUCAGAGAGCCAGCCAUGGAGACCUUCACCCGGCCCUGGCUGCCCACCAGCCGCAGGUUGGGGAGGCAUGCAGGCUGGGGAGUCGUGGACACCCGGCCCCCUGCCCAGAAGCACAAGCAGCUGCCUCGACCAGACUGUACAUACAGCGUGGGAGUUGUGCCCACAGCUCAGGCCCUGGGCUGCUUGGACCCCGGCUGCCUGCCGCGUGCCUGCGCACCCGGUUUGUGACUCAUUGACUUCUUUUUCUCACCAAGGUUGGAGAAGGAAAAAGGGGAAAUCAGAGUGUUCAACCUGAACUUCAGACACAGAGGGGAGCAGGUCGUUCUUUUUAUUGUUUCUGGUGCCCCUGUCCUAACCACCCUGCCCUGGUGACCUCUCCACACCUGGGGACAUUGGGUGGGACACCACCUGCAUCACCCCCACUUAGCUCCCUGCACCAAGGAUGACCACAUAGGGACCAGAUAAGUGGAAGGUGGCCACAAGGUCCCCUCCACCCAGGCCAAGCUGGGGCACAGGUGCUGAUGGGGCUCCCUCAGCAGCACCCCACCCCCAUGGCCCAGUGUGGCCAGGUUUGUAGUGAAGAGGCCUGCUGGCCAUUUUCCUUUCCACCCCCCCCACCCCAUUUCACUAUGCAACUCUGAUCCCAGGCCCUGUCGUCCCUCUCCAGACCCUCCUGGCCCCUGGCCCUGCCUCAGGAGGGGGUGGAGGGGGGCAGACCCCGGCCCGGCUGGGGAGGGUGAGGGCUAGAGGCCCCUGUGUGAACGUUUCUGUGUUUAACCAUAAUGAUUGUGUACGUACCACUUCAUAUUUGUUAUGUAUUAUAUAUAUAUGAUUUUAUUAAACUUCUGAGCCUCCUAGUUGGUUCCCCUUCCUGACCCUGCAUCUCACCCCCAGUUUCACCAUCAUGAGCGGUAAACUGAGGCUUGAACCAUCUUUGCAUCCACCCUUCUAGCCUCCGUCAGCCGUGGCUGUGUGUUUCUGUCGCUGUGUUACUGGGUUGUUUUUUUUUUAACUGGGUUUGGGGUUUGAUUUUUAUUUCUUUGGGGGCUUUAUUUUUCUUGGCAAAUACUAAAACUCAUCGAUGUAAUUUCUGUGGUUUCUAUUCAGCUUGGGUUUAAUGUUUUAAAAUAAACAAAUUUUGAAAAACA